GUAAAGUAUUUGGGAAAUCGCAAACCAAAUACUUUUUACCAUCAGAAAAUCAUGUUCCAACAAACAGUGAAAUAAAAUAAUAAAAUCCAAUAAAAUACAGUGGGUGGGUAGAAAGAAAGGCUAUAUCGUAGUUUAUUUAGAAAAAUUACACAUUUUUAAACGAUGAUCUAUUUUGGUCUGUCCUCUCAUUUAAGGCGUUGGUGUGCAGUACAAGCCUUGCAGACGAAGCCUCAUUUCUAAAUUCAAAGUGAUAUUCAUCAUGAGGAAUCUGAGCUUCUUUCUUAAUGAGUGUUUACCGUUUCUAUAGUAACACACCCCUCCCUCCUCCCCCCUGCUGUGACAGCUGCUAUCAUUUUGCUCCUCCAUCCGAAUGUAAAUGUGCCAGAGUUUCUGUUGCAUGAGGACACGGUGAAGUUGCAUUAUGCAGGAAAAGGACAUGGCGUAUGAUAAAUGGAAGCAGCCGGGCUGGAGGAUUGAGCAGAAAUACUCCAACAAAGUGCUCAUAGGCAACUGGGCCGAGGAGAGACUGCAGUUCUCUCGGGAGUGUAAGACAGCAAACAGCAGUAAUAGGCUGGACUUCAGGCCUCAGACAGAUCACAGGCCGGAUGUGAUUGUGAGACGGACAGCGCUGCGUCGAUCUGAGGGUCUUCCCACCGGACUCCUCUUCUCCCAUCAUAACACACCCACCUCACAUUACCUGGUCACUCUAUAUGACGAGUCUUAUGGUCGACGUAGCUCCCCUGGCCUUCCCGAGCUCCGCACAUGGCACACUGACAAGAUGGGUUGGGUCCCUGAGAAGUCAGACCAUCCGCUUCAUGGCCCUCCGACCAACUACGGUCUGACAGAGCUUUGGCGAGCGCAGCUGGAGAAGCAGCGGGCGGGGUCGCACAUGCUCAGUAUGUACAGAGCGGCGUAUCCAGUGCACCCCACAGAUGCAUUCUGUCAACCUCGGCAUGCCAGAGUGCCACGCCUGACCUCCAUCAGAAAGAAUGACCUGGAAAUAAACCACAUGCCAGGAAAUGCUGCUAGACCAAUGUCACCCCUGCCAUGUGUGUAACCCUGUCUUUAUCAUAUUUAUUGUUCGGAAAAAUGCACAUAUAUAUCAUAUUAGUUAUUCUAAAUAGCAUCUAUAUACAUCUUAAUAAAGAAAAAGAUAUUGUAAAUAUUGUCCAUGCUGUUAUUUAACUCUUACCUUUCCUGGGAUACAAUUUUGAGAAUAUCUAGACUAGAUUUUGAGUUUUAAAGUACAGCCAUUAAUAAGUACAGUUUGGAGUUACUGCUACCACCAGCAGGAACAUGGACGUUGAUUAUUUUCACAUCCUGAAGUGUUUUAUUUCUCUUAUACCACAGCAAUUUACCAGCGAUUACCAACAAACUAUUCAUAUAUCACACAUUUUAACCAUUUAUUUUUACGUUUAAUGUUGUGGAACGUCUUUGAGAAAAGAUAGUUCCUGUUAUUAUGUACAGUAUGUUAUAGCAUCUGUAAACAAGUCUUUUCACUUACGAGCCUCUUUUUUUUUUCCUCUCUUGAGGUUAAUAAGACAGAAAACUCCAACUUGUCUUGUUACUGAGCAACCAGAAAGUCCUUUGUCCUGAAGACUUUCCUGUGGUGGAAAAAACACUGACACUGGAGACUCAUAAAUGUUAGCCUUAAAUGUUAAAUAAACGUCUACUUGCAGAAAUCUUCACCAUGUCAAUUAUUAUGCAACAUUUAGUUCCGGUCCACUAAUGUGAUUGGUCAAGCGGCGUUCCAUGAGUGCUUAUAUUUCUUAUAACCGCACUGGAAUGUUUCACUGCAUGUAUCACUCCACUUGUGUGUGUUCACCAUGUAAAAUUCCACUUCCUAGUUCAAAACACUUACAACAGUAGAAUUAGUGACAUCAUCAGCGGACAUGGCGAAUGAUACUUCUCAUGAAUAUAACUUUUGGCUUAAAAUAUGAAAGCUUGUCAGAGGAAGAUGUAAAGGAAAAAGGGAAGCCAAUUUCCCCAGAAGCACCUUUAACAGGAAUAUCCAAAUCAAUAUGAGCUAGCUAGCCGACAUUAUAUAAAGUGAGUGCGGCUUCUUUGGGAUCUAUUUGAGAACAGAACGUUUGGUCAUGUUGUGUCCUAAAUGUCACUUACCAUAUUAAUUUCUUGUUUAUUAAACUCUUGUAUAGAAGCAAUAUCACACUUGUAAUCUAAACCUAAUAAUAAACGGAUUUUUACGAAUGUUAUCUAAGCAAUAUAGCAUGAGUAAGAGUACAGUUAUGCUGAAUAUCUGCACGGUUGUGAUUACCUGCGACACUCGCCCUGCGGGCUCAUGACUACGACCGAA